CGCAUCAAGUGCUCGAUUUUGCCUUUUCAUUGGCAGAUAACAGCUCCAAAGUUUUAUGGCAGUUAUAACUGAGGAUACACACCUCUUAACGCAGCAAACGUACUUUCAAGUCUCAAAGUGAAAAGUAUUGUCUAGCUUCAAUCUGGAAGACCCCCUCCCCUCCUCCUCCCGUCCUCCUUAGUUUGUUUGUUUCUACGGUAACCGUAUCGGGUGCCUAUUAACAACAAACGUUAGGUUACCUAAAAGUGACGUUAUUCUGGUAAACAAACGAUGAUAAAAUGGAUAAAAAGCAUAUAAGAAUGCUCCAAAGUAAUGAAGCUCAAGUAGACCGUUUAGUGGACAACCUAAUAGAAGAUGAAGCUGAGAGAGAGGGUCUUCAUGCCAAACCCACCUGCUUCAUCAUUGUUGGAAGACCGGGUGUUGGCAAAUCCACCUUGGCCAAAAAAAUUGCAGAGUCCUGGAAGUGUAUCUUAAUUGAUGAUACAGAUAUGUUAAACACACACUUGGAAAAUAAAACAAAGCAAGGCAUAGAGCUCUUGAAUAUCUUAUCUGAAGGUAAAAGUGUACCAGAAGACAUGGUGCUCCAGCUGAUCCUUGCCAGACUUAACUCACCAGAUGUGGAGCACUAUGGGUAUGUACUGAGCUGUCUGCCGUUCAUGUCAGAAGAGUGUCCAAAAAUUCAUGAGCAGCUCAAGCUGAUCAAAAACCUCAAACUAACACCUGAUUUCAUCAUCAACAUCAAGUAUGCAGACAAGGACCUGGUCCAUCGGCUGUCGGGUCUGAAGCAGCACCCAGAGACAGGCCAGCUGUACAACAGGGAACAGUGGAAGCGUGAGGAGGUGUUUAACAAGAAGAGGGAGAACAAGGAUGAGGAAGUGGAGGAUGAGGAGGAGCAGGAACUCCAAAAGGAUAUUAUUGGCCAAAUGGUGUGGACGCCAGAAAAUUUGGCCAAAAAUGUUUUUCUUAGAAUCAACAUGUACAACGAUACUAUGCUCAGACCACUGGAGGACUACAUAGCAGCUCACAACCCCCUCUACCUGUUGGAACUAGAUGGAAACAACCCACCUGAAGAGCUGCACUCAUCUGUAAUGUUCCGUCUUGAAUCCAUGGCAAUAAAGCGUGUCUCCAUUCCAGUCCUCCUCCAUCAGACUGAUGAUGAAGAAUUGCCAGAGGACAUUGACACGGAAGACCUAGUGGGAAUAAUGUCCUCCUCCAGGACAGCGGCCCCUGGUUUUAGAUGGAGAAGGAGCCGCUGGAGCCGAACUUGUCCUGUUGCUCUAAAGGAGGGCAAGGUCAUUCCUGGCAUGCCUGAAUUUUGUGUGGGCUUCCAGGACAAAUUGUACAUCCUCUCAUCUGAGGAGGCCUACCAGAAGUUUGUCACAAACCCCCGACGGUAUUUACUUCCUCCGAUGCCCAGACCCCCUUGCAGAGUUUCCAUCAUUGGACCUCCACAGGCAGGGAAGAGCACUCUAUGUAAGCUUCUAGCUCAGCACUACAAUGCAUUGGUGCUUGAUUUGGAGGCAUUGGUGCAGCCGGUUCUGGCCACGGUUGAGCAGGAGAGGCUUGACAAAAUCAAAGAGGAGACAACACAGAUCGCUAUAGAGAAAAUCAGGAUGAAGAUGGAGCAGGAUGGCGGGCAGAAUUCAGUGACAGAGGAUCAUCCAGAGGUACAAGCCAUGGUGCUAUCUGCGCUGGAAGAAGCUAAACAUAUGAGCACAUCUCCCUUCAGCCUGUAUGCUGAGGUACUGCAGAAGCGUGUAAAAGAGAUUGAAGAGGCUGAAACUAAUGCUGGUUGGGUGCUUGACAACUUUCCCAACAACAUUUCCCAAAUGGAUGCCUUACAGGAAGCUGGAAUCCUCCCAGACAUCCUCUUCUGUCUCACAGACAGUGAUAGAAAUCAGGAAAACCCGGAGAUGAAUGACCACAAACUGCAACUGCAACAGUUUGAGUCUGAAUGGGACCAAAUGCAGUCUGAAUUAACUAUCGUCCACUCAGUACUGGAGAUGGGCGACAAAAGCCCUGAGGACCUGCUUCAAGAGAUGAUCCAUCAAAUGGAGAAACCCUUUGAGCAUGUAUCUUCUGAGCUGUCAGCAAUGGACCUUGUCAAGGAGGCAGAGGACAUCGAGGCCUUGGCUGAGCUGGAGAAAGACGAGGAAGGCAGCAGUGACAAUGACGCAGCUGAGGAGGAGAGUGAACAGGGUGACACAACAGUCAAGAGGUUAUUAGGCGAUACCCAUCAUUUCUGCCCUGUGGCCUUAAAAACACAAAAUGUUCUGUGGCCGUGUACGGAUGAAAUUGCCGCCAAGUACCGUGAGAAGACCUUCUACUUCUCAAGCCUCGAAGCCAGGGACUCCUUCCUUCAAAACCCUGUUCAAUUUGUUGCACAGACUGAGCCUCUCAAGCCUCCUGUCCUGCGGAUCUUUAUGCUCGGCACCCGAGGGUCAGGCAAGACCACUCAUGGUGAGUGGCUCGCCCAGCAGCUUGGCAUCUUUCAUAUUCAGUUCAGAGAGCAACUCCAAAUGCUCAUCAUGGCCAAGACAAAGAAGCGGGUACCUUAUGCUGAUGAGGUAGAGUAUUCAGAGGAGUCUCCUAGGCAUUUGGAGGCCCUGAUAGAGGAAGCCAGGGAGGAGGUCGAGAAGGAGACGGAGGAGCUGGAGGAGACAUCGGCCAACACAAAUGACAUGGAGCAGGAAGUGGUUCUGACCAAUGAGGAAAAAGCAAUCAAAGACUACCUGUCUGAUGGAGAUCCACUGACUCCACAGAUCCUGGAUAUGGUUAUCGCACCAUUCUGGAAACAGGAGCCAUACAUAUCUACAGGUUUUAUUUUGGAGGGCUUCCCUCACAACCCCGAUGAGGUGCAGUACAUGUUUCAGACACAGCUUUUCCCUGACGUUGUGGUAAUGAUGACGGUGGACGUCACAGAUGUCCAGAAGCGUCUGUUGCCGACAUACAUGGAGAGCUGGCAUGAGCGCCACAACCACCGCGAAGCGCAGCUGAGCCUUCUUUGUGAUCUACGGAAGAAGAACAGGGAGAAAAGCAUUGUCAAGAGAAGGGCCGAACUCACAAAUGAAGCAAAAACAAAGCUCAGAAAUGGUGAGGAUGAAGAAAACGAUGAGGAGGAUGAAGCUGAAGGUAACGAAGAGGAUGAGAUAGAGGCCAUGCUGGAGGAGGAGUUUCCUUUAGAGGAGGAAAACAAAGACAUUGACAAUGAGGAGACUGAGGAGGCAGCAUCUGAGAGGCUGGAGAUGGAGAUAGCGGAGCGUUAUGCGACGGAUGAAAUCAGCCUCGAUACUGUGACGGAGCUCCUGAGUGAACUAAACAUAUCCAAAGUCUCAAUCAGUUCCUCUCGCAAGCUCCGUAUUGUGCAGCAUCAGCUGCUCCAGAUAAUCCAGCCCCUGCUGACCAACAGGGAGUCACUCUUCCAAAGAUGCCAACCUAUCUCAUACAGCCUGGCACAUAAGCUGCUGCUCUCCUCUUAUAAGCUCCACAGUGCCUUUGGCUGCUGGGAUCCCAUAAAGCAAUUCAAAGAGAGAGAUUUGUUCCAGCCUCUGCAGUGGCCUCUCAAUACCACAUAUCCCAUAAUCUUCCAUCAGUAUAUCUACUUCUUUGCGUCUAAGGAGAACCGCAACACAUUUAUGCUGAACCCCUUGAAGUACCUCAGGCAGCCAAAGCCCACCCAGUCCCUUCCUGUUAAAAUAGCAGUUGUUGGACCACCCAAAUCUGGGAAAACCACUGUGGCACAGAUGUUUGCUCAGAAUUAUGGCUUGGCCCAUCUGUCCAUUGGCAGUGUUAUGCGUACGGUGCUUAGCAAUCACGAGCACACCGAUCUGGCUGUCCAGAUGAAAAAGCAUCUCUCCCAGGGAUUCGCUGUGCCUGAUGAACUGGCCAUUCAGUGUCUGGAGGUGGUGCUCAUGAACUCGGACUGCAGCACUCGAGGGUACGUGUUGGACGGCUUUCCGAAGACACUUAAGGAGUCAGAGCUGAUUGGGUCUCGGAGCAUCAUUCACAUGCUAGUUUUUGAGCUGGAGCUGGACACACUGGAGGUGCUGAGGAGAGGCCUUCUGGACAAGAUGAAGCCCAACAAGCCUCACCUGACGCACGACAGCUCAGAGAUCCACCACAUUCGUGACUUCUGUUACAGGAAGGAGAUGGAGCAUGUUAGGCAACACUUCCGAGAACAAUAUCAGAACUGGAUCCUGCUCGAUGGCUUGAAGAGCAAAUGGUGGAUCUGGAACAGUAUUAUAAACGAGGUCAGCAUAAGCAUCAAAUAUAUCACCAACUACCUGGGGAGGACGUGCAGCGGACAAGCAGCCUCCAUCAACAGACUGUGCAUCACACCCAAGGAGCUGGAGUGUCGGCUUAGCGAGUUUGGUCAUUACUGCCCCGUCUGCCUGGCCCUACAUUACCACCUGGUGGACUGCUCAGAAAAUGCAGCCUUAACUCACGCAGCAGAGUACAAGGGACACUAUUACAAGAUGUGUGGUGAAGACCAUUUAGAGCGGUUCCUGACCACACCUGAUCAUUUUGUGCCUCCUGGCUGCGUGCACACUCUCCCACAACCCCACCUGUUGCCAAGAAAGAUCACUGAGAUUCAGGUGAAAAACAGGUUCCCACAGCAAGUUGAGAUGAAGGGCUUCUGCCUGGUCACUUAUCUGGAUGGAAAGCAAAGGUAUGAAGCUCUGGUUCGAGGAAAGAUGGAAUAUGCUGUUGAAUACCGAGAAAGGAUCUACAUUUUUGAGACAAAGCUGAAACAGGACAAGUUUUUGAGGAAUCCCGAAGCCUACUGGGACCAGAAGCUGCCGACUAAAGUUCCUCCUCUGUGUGAACCUAUACCCCUCACCUCCCUUCCAACGUUGGGCUAUCUGGAACAGGGUGUCGCAGUAUCCGUCAUUAAGGCCAUGACAGCGGUUGGGUGUCUCAAACCAAAGUACCCCUUCCUCAGCAUACAAAGAUCAUCACUCCUCUAUGUGGCCUUCUACCUGAAAGCUUUCAACAACAAGAGCACAGACUACACCCGCAAGAAGUACAAAAAGAAGCUGGCCUCGUUUGAAGAGAACUGCGCGCUCAUUCCCUACCUGAGCUCAACGAUGAGAGGGAACUACCGCUCUCCCGGUGAACGUCCCGUCAACUUUGAGUUCAAACUAAAUAGGUUCCUGGCCUUGGGAGACUCGCCAGUUGCCAACAGUGUGCUGUAGCUGUGCCUGUGCUAUUUCAUAUUGUGUUCCUAUUGUGUGACAACAAAGGCAUUUGAAAGCAACCUUGUUUUAUUCCCUCACACAAUUCUGUUUUCUUUACAUUAGCUUCCAUCUUUGUAUAUUCAAUAAGAUUCUGGAAAUUACGAGUUUGUGUGAUUACUUUAUUUUUUUUAAGAUGUUACUGUAUUUUCACACUCCUUUGUCCGCCAUUAACAAAUGAUCUUGUUUUGUUGUACAGUUUAUUAACAUUUGAUCACACAUCAACCUACAAAUAUCAUGACAAGAAAAACUUUCAAACUGAACAAACUCAUACACGUACAUUUUAGAAACUACCUUUAAAAGGUCACACCAUAUGGUUCCAAUCUGAGAAUCAUCUUAACUUUUACUCCACAGAAAUAUAUCCAAAGCCUCCUAAUCACCAUCAGUCUGCUGGCCAUCUGUCUGACGCUCGGACGGGUUGAGUAUUGCAAAAUGCUCCUGAGAUCAGUGGUCCAGUUGGCCUGGUUUCCUUCCGCCUGUGCCUGCACACACCCUUUCAGCCUUGAUUCACUCGUACUUCACUGACGAUCGCUUCCCUGUUUCCUGCCUGUAAGGGGUAUUCGCCCUGAUUCACUUUAUCUGCAGCUACAGUAAAUGUUCCAGUCAUUCCUGUCCUGCUGCAGAUGCCACAUCCCCACAUAAUCCCUCUGCACACAUGCAAACAACAGCGAGAUGCUUCAAAAAAAAAUCGUCCUCCAAGUGAAAAAUGCACAUAUUUUGUGCAUGAGCAAUAUGUAAUUUAGGUUUGAUAAAGAGUACAUAGCCUACAUACGCAUUGGGUCUAUGCAAAGAGGAAUUUUACAGAUUCUGUCUGUAAUUUAUUUAAUUCUUAUGAACUGUGUAUAUGCCUGUAAAUCUGGUUAAAUCUGUAUAUUAUUACAGCUACAACAAUUGAUAAGAUCAAAAUGUCACAGUAAGAAAAGCCCAGGUGUAAAUAAUGAAAUAUUUUGAUAAAAUAUAGAUUACCAAAACAACUUAGUUGAACAUCAUUAAUAUUAAUAGAAACUACUUUGACGAGUCAAAAUGUCUGCUGUGAAAGAGGCCUAUUAACCACUUUAUUGUGCCUACAACACAAUACGAAUAUUCUGAUUACAAUUUUCGAAAACAAAUAUAAAAAUGUAAUUUCAAAUACUUAAAACAUUCUAAACAUAUAAAAAGCAUUUGGUCAGUGCCCAUGGGUUAACUGGUAUGUAGCUACAGUGUAGUGUCUACCAGAGGAGGUGCACGUGGCCGGGCUCAGGUCGUGUUUCUGCCGGGGUGAAAGUCCGGGAUGAAAGUAGCCGCCACCGUGAUUGGAGUAGAGUAGCCGAGGGCAAAAUUGUACAGACCAAGCAUUAGACACUUCCAGGUGGAGCGCAGUGCUUUGCCAACAUUCUGAAAGACAAACAUACAUGCAUUGAUAAAUCAUCAACUCUGCAGACUUAAA